AGCAGUUAUUGAGACGGUGAUAAUGAUGAUGUCGUCGUUAAUGAAUUCACAGUUCCCAAUUAAACAAACAGCAAACCCUAAUUUCUCACACUUUUGACCAAAACGCUCGUCCUCCGUUAGAUCCGCCGAUAGAUCCCCAAAUUAAUCUCUCAAUUUCCCCCAAUAUAAUAACAUCCAAACCCACCCUCCGAUUCCGAUCAUCGGAACCCAAUGGUUGUAAACGACAGCGCCAGACCAUUAAAAAGAAUGAAACGACGAGUCACCGCCGAUCUCUGCGAUUUCUUGACGUUCCCGUCUUCUCCUCCACGGCUAGGUCCGUUCAGAUCCAACCUUAAGGCCUUGUUAAUGGAGCACGCGAUUUUCCCUCCGCCCUCCGCUCUUUUUCCGCAUCUGAUGACGUGGCAGAUCGCCUUCCGAGUCGGCGAUCUGACUACUGAGUCUGACUCGUCGUCUCCGGCGGUUGUGGCGUUGGAUAUUGUUGAGGAGGAUGUCGCUAGAUCUAGAUCCGUUUACUGUGAUCAGUGCCGUGUUGUUGGCUGGAGUGGGCAUCCGGUUUGCAGUAAAAGAUACCAUUUUAUUAUAAAGGCAGAUGGUAAUUCUAUUGGUGGGUAUCAUAAACCAUGCACAUGCUGUGGAGAUAUUGUUCAUGUCUCUGAGUUGAGAUGUAAAACAUGCAAUCAUGUGACAACCACGGAUGAUGUCGAGGAUUGGGUGUAUCACCAGCUGGAAGACACUAGUCAUCUUUUGCAUGGUGUCAUCCAUGCUAAUGGUUAUGGUCACCUUCUUAGGGUUAAUGGACGAGAAGGGGGCUCCCGGAUCCUUUCUGGAUGUCAUAUUAUGGACUUUUGGGAUCGGUUAUGUAAAACUCUUGGAGUCAGAAAGAUCAGUGUUAUGGAUGUGUCAAAGAAGUAUGGCUUGGAAUACAGGCUUCUUCAUGCUAUUACUAAAGACCAUCCUUGGUAUGGUGACUGGGGUUAUGAAUUCGGUGCUGGCAGUUUUGCUUUGACUAUUGAUGCGUACAAGUUAGCUGUUGAAACCCUUUCGAGCAUACCAUUGUCAAUAUUUCUUUCUCAAGGGAGGAAGUUGCGCACUCGUUUGCAGGAUGUUAUCUCAAUGUACCAAUCUUUGUCGGACCAUGAGCUUGUAAAUAUAAGGGAUCUUUUCUGUUUUUUAAUGAGUUUGAUCCAUAAAGCUCACAAGUCUUCCCCAAGGGUUGAAGAUCCUACUUACAAAAAUCGGCAUACUGUUACUGCUAUGUCUUCUUCAUGGAGUAAGAGUGAUGUAGAACGUGUUGAAGAAGCUAUGCUUAGGGUUCUGAAGGCAGUGUCUGGGUCCAAUUGGGUUAGUUACCGCGCACUUAGAGGUGCUGUUUGCAAAGUGGCUCCUCCAGACCUUCUUGACCACUGUCUCAAGGAACUUGGAGGAAAAGCGGCAGCUGGUGGAAUGAUUGUUGAUACACAAUGCAAUCCUGAUUCAGGCGCUCUUGAAUACAGGCUCAAGCCCGGAAAUCCUCCAUCAAAUAGUAUCUCUAUUUGUGUUGGUUCUUCUGUCAUUUCCUGUCCAUCUGAAGAAAACCUCUUGCAAGAUUUGAAAUUUCUUUACGAGUGCUUGCUGCAUCCUAAAACUAUGGUGAGUUAUGGAACUGAAUCAACAAGGGAAUUGGCCAUUGGUUCAGCCGAAAAGCUCCUCGAUUGCAAGCAAUUUGUGAAAGAGUACAUGGUUCAGAAGAUACCAUCAACCAUAAAUCUUCCUUAUAUAAGCCUUUUGUGCAAUGUGGAAAUUACGGAUGAGACGGAAGAAAAAACUCCAAAGGAGCUUCCAGAAUUAAUAGUCUUGCCCCCAAAUGCUACUGUUUCUGAUCUUAAGCUUGAAGCAUCAAGGGCAUUUCAAGAAGUGUAUCUGAUGUUCAGAAGAUUCCAAGGUGAAGAGCUUGUCGGCUAUAGUGGUGUUGACGAUUCCACCCAGGUCAAACUCUUAUUAGGGUCCGAUGAAAAUGUUGUUAUACGGGGAAGAUGUCUCGGCAAAAACGGCAUCGGUAAAUAUAGAAUGGAGAGAGGAAUCGAGCGAUGGACUGUUGAUUGCAGUUGCGGUGCUAAAGACGACGAUGGCGAGAGAAUGUUAGCGUGUGAUGUUUGUGGAGUGUGGCAGCAUACUAGAUGUUCCGGUAUUCCUGACAGCGAUUCCGUGCCGGCUAAGUUCAUUUGCCAUAGAUGUAGGAUUUCUAGCCAAGCUUUCAGACCCAGUUUGGUAGCACAAGGAUGAGAUUACAUCCAUGAACCUUUAGAAAGAGUGACAACUCUGUCUGAUGUUCCCCAAAAUUUGUAAUGUUGUAAAUGUUUCUUUUUUUUUUUUUUUUCCAGAAUUUUGUACAUAAGAAACAGUCGUAUUAGGUGCAUCAGUGCACUUGGGUCUCUCUUUCCAAAUUUCAUGCGCAUCACAUUUAAAAUGUAUAAAUGCCACGUGGCAAGGAAAAAAAAAACUUGCCUGCUUCUGCCU